GAGCUUCCCUCAGCAACCCGGAAGUCUCAUUGCCCCCACCUACGACAUCCCACCUUCUUCCGCAUCUGACUUACCAAUCACCACCGACAAAACACCACAACCAUGGCGACCGCACCCACCGAUCCGCCUGGCAAGCUGCCCGCGACCGUAGUUUGCAUUGGAAUGGCAGGUGCCGGCAAAACGGCCUUCAUGCAGCGCCUGAACGCGCACCUACACGCGGCCGCCGAGCCACCCUACAUCAUCAACCUCGACCCAGCGGUGAAGAACGUGCCGUUCGACCGGCACAUCGACAUCCGGGACUCUGUGAACUACCGGGAGGUGAUGACGCAGUACAACCUAGGCCCGAACGGCGGGAUCAUGACGUCGCUCAACCUCUUCGCGACCAAGAUCGACCAAGUCAUCGGGAUCCUCGAGAAGCGCGCGGCGACGCUCACGCGCGUCCUCGUCGAUACCCCGGGGCAGAUCGAGUGCUUCGUCUGGUCCGCCUCUGGCGCUAUCAUCACGGAUGCACUGGCGUCGACUUUCCCCACCGUCAUUGCGUACAUCAUUGAUACGCCCCGCACGGCACAGCCCGCUACUUUCAUGGCGAAUAUGCUCUACGCUUGCUCGAUCCUCUACAAGACUAAGCUGCCAAUGGUACUUGUCUUUAAUAAGACGGACGCGCAUGAUGCCGCGUUCGCGAAGGAGUGGAUGACGGAUUUUGAGGCGUUUCAGGCCGCGCUGAGGGCGAGUGAGGAGCGCGGCGAUGAGGAGGCGAUCGGGGGCAGUGGCUACAUGGGAUCGCUGCUGAAUUCGAUGUCGCUCAUGCUCGACGAGUUCUACAAUCACCUCGAUAUUGUCAGUGUCAGUGCGAUGACGGGUGCGGGCAUCGAUGACUUCUUGAAGGCGGUGGAUGGCAAGGUUGAGGAGUACGAGAAGGAGUACAGACCGGAGAUGGAGAAGGCGCGGGCGAAGAGGGACGAGGAUAAGCUGAAGGGAAAGCAGAAGGAGCUGGACAGACUCAUGAAAGACCUCGCUGUCGGAAAGAAGAAGGAGAAGGAAGAACCCAACGUCAUGAGCGACAUCGAGAGCAGCGACGAGGAGGAGGGCACAGGCCUGGUGGAGCGAGAUGAGGACGAUGCCAUGGAUGAGAAUCAAGAGGAUGAGGAUGGACUAAAGCAGAGAUAUGAGAAGGCGCUGAAGGAGCGCGGCGGCGAUAAGGACAGCAAGAUGGACGAAGAGAGCUUGCAGAGAUAUCUCCGUGCAAAUGGUUAGAUAAUCGGAGGAUUUGCUUCUCAGGUCAAAGGCGUUUGGGAGUACAUACUUAGAAUUUUACUCGGCUGUUUCACGG